AUGGUUUGCCCAGUGAGCAUGGUAGAGCAGUUCUCCAGGUACCACGUGCCUCAUUUCUUCAGCUUUUUCAAAACUCUUUUUUUCAGUUAUGCACUGUGCAGUCCAAAUAUGUGGAUGAUAAUUGCGUGUACAUUUAUGACACUCUUAACCCUUAUUCUCACAAUUUAUUUGCAUCGCGGCUUCCGACGAGAUGCCCGAUCUCUACAGUUUGUUCAAUGGAAGCAGCAGCAACUGGCCAAUCGGCUCAGAGUCCAAGAGCCAAAUGUGACACUUUUGGAGAAAAUUACUCGGAAAAUGAACGAGAAAAAUCACGAGGAGCACACUUUCGAGGACUUCUUCCAUAAGGAAAAAGAAACGGCAAAUCCGAAAGUUGGUCAGUCUGAAAGUUCCGAUGGAGUGGCUGCCAAGGUACAGAAGGAUAAAGACGAAGACGCGGCUAAGGUUCUGAGGGAAACCAAUAUGGGAAACACCACUCCUGCGUAAGUUCAGUUGUUUUUGAGCUCGUAGUGAACCAUCAACUUUUGCAGUCACGACACCGCACAGGACAAUGGGACGAAGAGCAUUCUGAAGAAGUGGACAAAUGCUACGAAGGACAUGUUGGCUAUCGACAAUGAAUCCGAUCAGAGCAACAACCGAGUAGAUAACACUCAAGACGAACAGAACUAA